AUCUCAAACAGUUUGCCCACUUCACCGCCGAAAUAUUAAUUGGGUAGUCAUGAGCUUUUCGAAAUAUAUACCGGCUAUCACACAAAGUCAUUUCUUGCCUCUAGAAAUUGUCUACCCCGAUCUCCUUACGCAAAUAUACAGCACACAAUGUUUACAGUAAUUCUGGCCAGUGGACUCUCCCUCGUAUCUCUAUCUCUUCUAGCUAUUGCAGCCGACAAAAAGCGCCGCACGGCCCAGCUGCCCCCAGGACCUCCUCGCAACUGGAUUCUUGGAAAUCUCCUUGAUCUCCUCAAGACAGACGACCUAUUGGCUUUGGUGGAUAGUUGGCAGGAUGCCUAUGGUGACAUCGUCAGCUUGGAAUGUUUUGGUUUAACUGUCAUUUUCCUCAAUACCCUGGAAUGCUGCGUUGACCUUCUUGAAAGGCGUGCGGGAAAUUAUUCACACCGUCCGAAAAUGCCUUUUGUGAGGGAGCUUGUGGGACUCGAUAAAAGUUUUGGUUUUAUGGAUUACUCCGAAGAGAGUGUUCGCGGACGUCGUAUUGCAAACUUGGCUUUCAAAGCUAGUGCCAUACGCCAGUACUCUCCUGCGCUACAGGAUAAUGCUGUUAUCUUGAUGCAAGAUUUGCUAAAUUUGCCGAAAGAUUUCGAAAGUGUGCUCGAGCGGAGGAACAUCCAGCUCGCACUGUCAUUGAUUUUUGGUAUCACACUCGAUGGAACGAACCAACAUUAUAUCACAACUACUAUGGAUUGCAUAAAUAAGAUUGCAGGAAAUGUUCUUCCUGGAAGUCGAAUCGUAGAUUUUCUUCCAUUCCUGAAGUACUUACCCUCUUGGGUUUCCUUCAAGCGCGAUGCACAGCAAUUGAAUGCGUUGGUCAAUGAAGCAUUUGGGAGACCAUUUGAAGAUGCAAAGAGACGCAUAGCUGACGCGACUUUUCACCCUUCCUUUGUGUCUCUUAUUCUAUCCAGCGAAGAGGUUCAAGGUGAUAUUGAAACCGAGGACUUCCAGGAAAUGAUGAAAUGGAUUUCCGGAACUAUGUUUAUGGCAGCGGCAGAGAGCACUACCUCCACUGUUCGUGUCUUCUUCAAAGCAAUGGCGCGAAAUCCAGAAGUACAAGCCCAAGCGCAAGAAGAAUUGGACCGUGUCCUAGGUACCAGGCUACCAACCAUGAGCGACCGCAAAUCCCUACCAUACCUCAAUGCACUUCUACAGGAGGUUAUAAGAUGGGAGAGCAUUGUUCCGACUGGCUUCCCUCGCCGUGCUCAUGCGGAUGAUGUCUACAAGGGAAUGUUAAUCCCGAAAGGCGCCGUCAUUCUUGCAAACUCACGUAGCAUUUCACGCCACGAACACGGCAAAGGAUCACCAAACAAUUUCGAUCCGACAAGAUUUCUGGAAGGGGGUGGUGCUCGUCCCAUUCGGGACUAUGUAUUUGGAUUCGGAAGGAGGGAAUGUCCUGGACGAUUCUUAGCAGAGGCAUCAGUAUGGAUCACGAUUGUAUCUGUCCUCAAAUGUUUUGACAUUGUUCAAUUGCGGCAAUCUGGUAAGACAUCUACAGCUCGCCGGUCGGGAGUGAUCCACGGCACGACUUCACUUGACUGUAAAGUCGUUCCCCGGGAUGGAGUACAUCGGGGGAUGAUUCAACAUAAAAGUUGCUGAGAUGGAAGCUGCGCAAUUUGCUUGAUACCUAAUGAUGAAUACCGGAUAUAUACACAGAUAGAUACUCCAUGCCUUCGUCUGUUCAUUCAGGUGGUUCGACGUGUUUAUAUCCGAUCUACAAAUACCAAGUACAUAGAGAUGAACUUCAAUAACAGUACAUGGAUUUCCCGAACAAUAAUGACAUGGUUUACUAGAUACAGAAUAUAGUACAAGGAUGCACAAAUCGAAUUCAAUGAGUGCUACGCAGUUCAAAUAAAAGAAAGGGGGUGCAUUGGGAAAUCUUCGCAAAAAAUCUCGAGGUGUCGCGUGGUGCGUAAUAAACCCAAUGAUACCAUCUACAGGGCCAUUGAAAUACCAAUCAAUGCCGGCCAAACAAUGAAAACAAAUCGGAAUUUCAACUUUUCCAUGUCGACGCCUCUCGAGAAGGAGGCGCUAUUGUGAUGUGGACGAUUAGCGUUGUUGGAACCG